GCGAGCCAAUAGAAACGCGCGCUCGGGUGCCGCGGCGCGACCGCGUUGCUUUCUUCUUCUUCUUCUUCUUCUUCGUCUUCCUUUCCUCGUUAACUUGGCUUUUUCUCGCCUUCCAGCUCCAGCGCGCGCCUUCCCCGGGCCCUUCUUCUUUCUCUCUUCUCUCCCUCUCUCUCGCGCGCGCUCUCUCUGUCUAUCUGUCUAUCUCUUUCUCUCUGCACGGAUUGACACCGGAACGCACGAGGACAGUGAUGUCGGAGUACAGCGCGGUGCCGCCGCCGCCUCCCGGGGCCGCAGCAGCAGCAGCAGCACUGGGAGCCGGUGGGAUAAAGAAGGACGCGUUCGCGGACGCGGUGCAGCGCGCGCGGCAGAUUGCAGCUAAGAUCGGUGGAGACGUCGCGGGCGGCCCUGUGAGCAAGAACGGAGGUACGGAGGGUUAUCCUUUCUCAGCACAGAAACGAUCGCUGGAGGAUGGAGAUCAGCCGGACAGUAAGAGGAUGGCUCCUCAGAGUGACAGGGACAACGCUACAGCGCUGUCUAUCAGCGCUCAGCUGGCUGCUCUCUCUCAGCAGAGUGGACGUCCUUCUGCUAUAACGGAGGAGUACAGAGUUCCUGACGGCAUGGUUGGCCUCAUCAUUGGUCGAGGAGGAGAGCAGAUCAAUAAGAUCCAGCAGGAGUCGGGAUGUAAGGUUCAGAUCGCGCCAGACAGCGGAGGUUUACCCGAUAGAAGCGUCUCUCUCACUGGGACUCACGACUCCAUCCAGAAGGCUAAGAUGCUGUUAGAUGACAUCGUGUCGCGGGGGCGGGGCACACCGCCCACCUCCUUCCACGAGGCCAAUGGGAGCGGCCACAUGCAGGAGAUGAUCAUCCCGGCGGGAAAAGCCGGCCUCGUCAUCGGCAAGGGCGGAGAAACCAUCAAACAGCUCCAGGAGCGUGCUGGUGUGAAGAUGAUUUUGAUACAGGAUCCAUCUCAGGGACCGAACAUAGACAAACCCCUCCGCAUCAUUGGAGAUCCCUACAAAGUGCAGCAAGCGAGGGAGAUGGUGCAGGAGAUUCUGCGUGAGAGAGAUCAGUUUGGAGGAGACAGGAACGAAUACGGCUCCCGGAUGGGAGGAGGAGGAGGAGGAGGAGGAGGAGGUGGAGGUGGAGGUGGAAUAGAGGUGCCUGUGCCGCGUCACUCCGUGGGCGUCGUGAUUGGCCGAAACGGUGAGAUGAUCAAAAAGAUUCAGAACGAUGCAGGAGUCAGGAUACAGUUCAAACCAGAUGACGGGAGUGGACCUGAUAAGGUCGCUCACAUCAUGGGGCCUCCUGACCGCUGUGAGCACGCAGCCGGCAUCAUCAACGAGCUCCUACAGAGCAUCCGCGUCCGAGAGGAGGGUGGAGGGGGACCCCCUGGUCCUCCCGGGACAGGUAUGCCUCCAGGUGGGCGUGGCAGGGGGCGUGGCCCAGGUAACUGGGGUCCCCCUGGUGGCGAGAUGACCUUCUCUAUCCCCGCCCACAAAUGCGGCCUGGUGAUUGGCCGAGGAGGCGAGAACGUGAAGUCGAUCAACCAGCAGACAGGCGCGUUCGUGGAGAUCUCGCGCCAGCCGCCGCCCAACGGAGACCCCAACUUCAAACUGUUCACCAUCCGGGGGAAUCCGCAGCAGAUCGACCACGCCAAGCAGCUCAUCGAGGACAAGAUCGAGGGUCCCCUGUGUCCUGUAGGUCCCGGUCCUGGUGGUCCCGGUCCCGCCGGCCCAAUGGGUCCUUACAACCCGAACCCAUAUCAGCCCGGACCUCCGGGAGCCCCACCACAUGGAGGACCUCCAGGUGCCCAGUACCCCCCUCAGGGUUGGGGAAAUGCCUACCAGCAGUGGCAGCCGCCUGCACCUCAUGACCCCAGUAAAGCUGCAGCGGAUCACAGUGCUGCCUGGGCAGCGUAUUAUGCGCAGUACUACCAGCAGCCUGGUGGAGGCGCUAUGCCCGGCCAGACACCCAGCGCGCAGCCCGCUGCUCCCGCCCCCGCCGACCAGAGCCAAGCGGCCCAGAACACGGCACAGCCCGACUACACCAAGGCCUGGGAGGAGUACUACAAGAAAAUGGGUGAGACUCAGGCAGGUGGUGGUGGCGCUGCUCCAGCAGCAGGUGGAGCUCCAGCAGCGACAGGAGCAGCAGGACAGACUGACUACAGCGCCGCCUGGGCCGAGUACUACAGACAACAAGCGGCUUAUUACGGCCAAAACCCACAGAACCCCGGACAGCCUGCAGCCACGCAGCAGGGCCAACAGACGCAGUAAACUUGGCCACGCCCACUUCCUCCCCAGUGACUUCCUCCCCUUUUGCUUUUUGUCCCCCCGCCUUCCUCCGUCCUCCUUCCUCCCUCCUCCUCCUCCGUCCUCGUUGUCGCUCGUCCUCCUGCAGCUGACGAAUGGACA